AAUAGUAUUCUUUGAAUGGGGUAUUUUUUUCACAAAAUAUAAUUAUUUUUUCUAAAUUUUUAUAUUUUUAAAUUAUUAUUUCCUUUUAACUAAUAAUAUAUCAGCUUAAUAACAAAUUGUAAUUUUCAGGAAAUUGGAAGGACAAUUUUGUUUAAACAGAAGAAGAUAAAAAAAGGGCGAGCAUAUUUUUAAGCUUCCCGCCUUACUUAGUUUUGCGAACAAUAAAUCGAACUAGAAAAGUUUUCACUUUAAAUACAAAAUGGCGAACUUAGCGAAUAAUAACUCGGGAAAGAAGACCUUUGGCGUUUCUUUUCUUACCAAAUUGGCCAUAUUUUCCGUUUUUGUUGGAACCUUAAACACCUUUACUUUUAGUAACAAUGGUGAGUUCUCAAACAACCAACUUUCCGUCGGAUCCGUGUCAACCGCAACAUACAGAAGAUGCUUAGCGGAAAAGUGCGAACCAUCAACAUCGUCUUCUUCCGGCAAAACAGGCCAAAAAAAAUCAAGUAAAAAAAAGGACCCUUCCAAAAAAAGCAACACAGAUAGUGAUCUCUCAUUAGGAGACGAAGUAUGCCUCCUUGAUUGUCCCCAAGAAGUUAACGAACAAGAUAUGGAACAAUUAGGAAACAUGUUUCAAGAAUUAUCAGAGAAGUUAAAUGUAGGACAAUAUUUAGAAGAAUAUAGAGGACAGAUGGAGGAAUUCGCAAAGAAAUUUGAAGAAGGUGAUGAAGAAAGUCUCAACAUGGACUUCUGUAAUGAUUUAUUUGGAAAAUUAGCUGAUUCUUUGAUAGAGACAUAUGCUAAAGAUACAAGUGAUGAGAAGAAAACUAAAAUGAAAGCAAAUGCCCAAAAAGCUACCAACAGGUUGCUUAAGUACUGUUUGAAAGAGAAAGUAAGACAAAAUAAAAAGAAGAAAAAGAAGGAAAAAAAAAAGCAAAAGGAGAAGGAAAAGGAACAAGAAAAGGAGAAGGAAAAGGAGCAAGAAAAGGAGAAGGAAAAGGAGAAAGAAAAGGAGAAGGAAAAGGAACAAGAAAAGGAGAAGGAGAAGGAACAAGAUAAUACAAAAUAA